AUGAGUCUUGAAACAGUAGCAAAACAAACAGGCCUAAACAUCAACGCACAGAAAACUAAAUCAAUGAGGCUAAAUACAAACCAGCAAGAUUGUCUUAAGAUCGAUGACUCUACUGUUGAAGAUGUUCAACAAUUCACCUAUCUUGGAAGUAUUGUCAGUACAUCAGGAGGCACAGACGAAGACAUAUUGGCAAGAAAAAAGAAAGCACAACAGAUAUUUUCCAUGCUUAAACCUGUUUGGAGGAGUAAUGCUUUAAGAACUAGCACUAAGUUAAGGAUAUUAAACACCAAUGUCAAAUCUGUACUCUUAUACGGAUCAGAAACCUGGAGAGAAACAGCUGCAUCCAUCAAAUCUAUCCAGACUUUUGUCAAUAAACGUUUGAGAAACAUCCUCAACAUCAGAUGGCCAAACAAAAUAUCCAACAAUGAGCUAUGGAGAAGAACCAAACAACAGCCAACAACCCAGACCAUAAGAGCAAGAAAGUGGAAGUGGAUCAGGCAUACCCUAAGAAAGAAAGACACACACAUUACCAAGCAAGCCCUAGAAUGGAACCCCCAAGAACAUCGAAAAAGGGGAAGGCCAAAAAACACCUGGCGCAGGGGACUAACAACCGAGCUGAGUAAAAUUGGGAAGACCUGGAGAGAAACAAAACGAAUAGCCAUGGACAGGAAGAAAUGGAGAGAAACUGUAGUCGCCCUAUGUCCCCCUUGGGACGAAGUGGAUUAA